AUUUUGGACUUGCAUAAUUUAUAGUUAAGAAAACUAUGAUCAUCUUAAUUAUUUGAGUCCUGCAAUUUCAAUUUUAGUAGCUGAGUUGGAAUGGUUACUUUUCUUGAUUACAUACAUUGAAUUCUUGAUCCUUGCUUAAUUUGGGGAAGGAGUAUCUUCUGUGUACUGUUCUUUUGUUUUCUACUUUGUGAGGCUUUAUUCAAUCAGUUAUUCUAUUUGGCUUGACUUCUGUUAUGUGUUUUAAUGCACCAGGAGUACAGUGCGCUUGAUUACAAAGAGAAAGUGGUUGAUGGUUUCUAUGAUGUGUAUGGGCCUUCCACAAAUUCAGCACUCCAAGGAAAAAUGCCAUCUCUUGCAGAUCUUGAGACAAAUCUUGGGAAUUAUGGCUUUGAAGUUGUAUUGGCUGAUAAUAUAAAGUUACCUUGUAGACUUGUAAAAGGCAGUCAUUACACUGGGUUAGAGCAUGAUGCUGUAAACAUGGUAAAGCUGGAGGAUGGAAGGGAUUUUUUGGUUGAUCUCAUGGCAGCUCCUGGGACACUUAUACCUGCUGAUAUUUUCAGUGCAAAGGAUACCGCUUUGAAGUCAUAUAAUCCAUCACUAAGCAAAAGCCCGACUAUUCUGAUGAUGUUGGAGAUAGGGGGAUCAAGUUCAAAAAACACAGAAUACUUAUAUUCAUUCUCAGGUCCAAGUGGUGACUCUGCUGUUGUCACUUCCAUAAUGUCCAACAAAAUGUCCCCUAAUGAGUGGGAUCAUCUUCCUUCUACUGUAAUUGGAGCUUCACUUUAUAAAGGGAGUCGUGGGACCAAUCCUACAGUUGACUGUGCAAGGAUGAACCUCAAUGUGGUUCCAUACAGUCAGAGUAGUAAGGAUGACCCUAAAAACCUUUUUGCAGAUCUUAAUCUUUUCCAGAUAAAAGGGACAGAUAAAACUUACCUGCAGAACAAAUCUACCGAAAGCAAAGUUGAUGACCUUCAAAGACAAAAAAUGAAUAUUGUCAUCAGUCGCCCCCCUGUCCCAUUACGGAUGAAUUGGCCCACUUACAAUGAGAUCCCUCAGAAAAAGGAGUACAAUUAUGUGGAUGGUCAAUUUCCCAAAAUCAAUCGCGAGUCUUAUGAGUUCCAUCAAUCAGCAUCAGCUUCAACCAGCUCAACAAAAUCUGAGAAGGUCCAUCCUCAUGGUUUCAAGUUAUCGAGUGAUUCCAAUCUCCCCAAUAAUGAUUAUAAAUCUAGGGAUCGUUUGUCUGACAUGGGACAAUCUUUGACUUCUACUACUGGUCAGUUCAAUAAUGCACCGAUGGUUCAGGAUGUGAGCACUAACUUUAAUGAAGAAAAAUCCAAUCGAUGGCAGGAUGUGCAAAAUAACACUGGAUAUGGUUAAAGAUCAGGAAAGUAAUGAAGUGGGUUUACAUGAUCACGGAAAAGCCAAAACUGAUAGAUGUAUGGGGAAAAAUCUGAAAUUGAAGAAUCCUGAAAGUCCUAGGUCACCAGUUGAUUGGAUAACAGAAAGGGUUGAUCAACUCUUUGAUGACGUAGAUGUGGAUGAUUGUGAAAUUGCAUGGGAAGACUUGCAUAUUGGUGAAAGAAUUGGACUGGAUAAGGCAUAUGAUCUAUUCUCUAUUAGGUUUGGAAAUCAUGGUUUUGCAGAGAUGGAUUUUUAGUCCAUAAACUGUCAGUUUUUUCAGUCUUUACUGCAUUAUUGCUUUUAAAGGUUAGAGUUAUUAGGAGCAGCCAUGGAUGGUGUUGCACUCCUAUGUAGAUAUACUGUUUUCAUUUCUUUAGGAGUUCUAAUUCUUUGUGAAUUUCGUUUUCUUGUGAAUAGGUUCAUAUGGAGAGGUCUAUCAUGCUCAUUGGAAUGACACGGUUAGUUUUAGAUACUAUUUUUCCCUUGAAAUUUGUAAAGUUGAUCACUUCUUUCCUUAUUUUCUUUUUAUUUGUUGUUGUUUUAUUUAAAGUUGGAGAACUUGUUCUUGGCUCUUUAAAAUGUUCUCUUUAUGAUGUUGGUUUGUCAUUUUUAUGUUGCUUUAGAGACUCUGUGAUGGCUUAUAAUAUGACUACAUGGAUUAACAUGAACAUCACUGUAGAACCUUUUACAUGAACAAUACUCCAAUAGUUUAGAUGGUAAUAUAGAAUUUUUAGUAAG